CAUCUUGCAGGCUUUAUGGUCUUGAUGUACAUCUUUGAGACAUAUCUGGAUAUACGGCAACAUGCAUCUCUAAAGCUGCCAAUUCUUCCUAAACCUUUGGUUGGAGUGGUCAGUCAAGAAAAAGUUGAGAAUUCUCAAGCAUUUAGUCUUGAUAAAAGCAACUUCCACUUUAUUCAUGGGGCUGUAACCAUACUAAUGGAUACCACAAUUUUGUUCUUUGGUGUGCUGCCAUGGUUUUGGAAGAGAUCUGGAGACUUUCUGGUGCACAUGGGCCUUAAUUCAGAGAAUGAAAUACUUCACACCCUUGCAUUCUUAGGAGGUGUUAUGAUUUGGUCACAGGUGUGAUAUAAAAUCUUCCAAUGGUUCUCAAAUAUUUAAA